AGCUGACUGGGCUAGAGACGCAGCAGGUCGAUACAAAGAAUGGCUACACUAACUUCGACGAUGUCUGCAGGGGCCGCGCUGCUUUUCGCGGCGCUCGCUUUAGGGAAAGGUGCUGAUGACCAGUCAAAUUGCGACAUGCAGCGCAAGGCUGCCUGCUAUUGGUCCGUUGCUGAGAAGUACGGAAUAUUUCCACUUGCACAAGAAGUUGUUUACAGCGUGGGCAACUAUCUGGGAGACCUGUGCACAAGCAAUCCAGACACUUGCUACAUGGAAACUUACAGCAGCUGCACCAACGCCGAAAAGAAUAAGUUCACCCGGAUGGAACGAGGCUACGCUGUCCUCCGUGAAGAAAUUACCUCUCCAAACUGUCAGUCUGUGGUGACGGAACUUCGUAAAUGCAUCAACCUCAGCCCCAUACGCAAUUGUGAUGUGAAACCAGAUAGUGAAAACCGCACCUUCGAGGCCCAGGUGGAAGAGCGGCAAAGGGUCGCACAAAACGUGAAGGCCUGCCUCGAAGAGGCGGUUAAACCCUGCAAUGCCAAGGAGAACACCGACGCGAUCGCACACCUACAGAAAAUUGCUGACGCCAUUGUGGACCUCAGCUCGCUGUCAGAUGAGCACAAUGCUGCUCACACAACGAAGGCGGCUACAGCAGUGGUCGCGGUGUCCCUGCUGAGCUGGGUAGUCGGUAACUUCUAUUAGCAGCUCUCGUGAGUUACGCCAUCGCAGAGCCAUCGAUCAUAACCACAGGAAUGUACUUGUUGGUCGUAGCAGCUAUUAAACGUCCACAGAAAAA